UGUAGGUCCCUAUUCUGAGUGUCAGACCUGUAGUAAGGAUGAACAAGAUGAAAAAUGAUGAACAAAAGACUGAGAUGAUCUUAAACUAUGCAUUAGAAAUCAUCUACAUGUUGACCGGAGAGGUGAGGCCUGUGUUAGAACGUCCACCUCUAUUUUUAUUUACUGGUAAUUUAUUGGAAUACAGAGCCAUUAUAGGAGAAGAAAGCUGAAAUUAAGAACAGAAAAAUUGAUAUGACCAAAGAGGAAAAAAACAACAAAUGUUCUCCUGUGUCCACUACAGUCUUCAGCACUUUGUUUACUUUGUGUAAAUAAAACAUAUCUGCUCUCUCUCUGCAUUCACAGAUUGCCUGUGCAAAGCUGCUGCAAUACAUCAUUCUGUUUGUUUCUCUCCUGUGCUGCUGGUGGUGCCACUCUCACACAGGGCCUGCCCCUCCUCCCUACUUUAACUUGCAGGCAUUAUGUUCCCUUAGACUGAAUUAAAGCUAGGGGGGGCUUGUGCUGAUCAGUACAGACUGGACUGACAGAGACGGGUGGGAAAGGGCUGUUUUUUAAAAUCUGAUUUUAGGGGAUAUCCUAAAAAUUUGUUAGCAAAUCUGCUAGCACAAUGUAGAUAUAAAAUUUGAUUCUCAAUAAUUUAAAGAUUUAAGUUGUAUGUCUCAUGGCAGGUACCUUUUAAAAAGGCUUUUCUACAUCCCAAGUGUAUCUGAAUAAUUUAUCGUUUCAUUUUGUUACUUUUAUUGGAGUAUUACCCAAGUGAAUGUAAUUCUAAAUUGCUCUAAUAACAGGACAUUAAAUCCAUUUACGAGCUGUGAGUGGUUUGGCAUAAUAAUGGCAACUGAUAUGUUUGCUACAAAAUGUAAAAAUUGGACUAGUCACGCAAUAUACCCGUUAUUUUUAUUCUCUCAUGUCUUUUUUUUUUUUCUUCUUUUAUUAUAGGAAUAUACAGUUGUGAAGAAGAGUUCUCGGAGCAGAAGACGUAACAUUCGUAUGGUCACAGGAGAGGUGAGCAGUACUGUGUAAUUUGACACAAUACAUUAGUAUCAACAUUAAGUGUAGCUAUGUGAAGCUGCUUAGUCUUUACAUUAAAAUGUGAUAACUAUGGCUGCAGGGCCUGAUACGGAUGGCGGCUAGACGUGUUUCAUUCGAGCUGCAAGCCUAAACUCUAAAUAGAACCGCUAAAAUUGACUACUAAUGCACCCAAACAGAGAACUACUUCUGCAGAUGACCAGGGCCUGGGAGUCACUUAUAAUCCCUGGAAGUUUGGGUGAGUCCCGGUGUUCACGUCUGCCUGGCGAGGUAGCAGAUCGCUGGUACUGAGUGGCACUGAGUCCCUGCAGGAUACAGAGCAGCUCGGUUUUCCCCCCGGACCAGCGGGUGUCCCCACUGGCACACUAUAUUUACAAACUGGCUUCCACAUCUCCUCCACUGAGCGAUCUUGGACAGCAUCUCACCUACUCAAGAUGGCGACUGCCUCAAUAUUGUGUGGCACACUCCAGGAAAAACCCAGGAAACCAACCUUAGAGACAUGGUUGGCUACCUCGGGGCACCAACCUCGACAGGAUGCAGAAGGCGGGGAGCCGCGGAAGGAGAGAGGGACCCCCUUUGGGAAAUCCAGAGCCUCACCCAUCAAAAUCCUCCACUAUAUGCCUCUUUGGCCGAGGGCCACUGAGGGUGAGAUUCCUAUGCAUCGCCCCCACGGCAUGAGACCAUCUGCUUCCAGUGGUAGCACUACACAUGGGCCUUCUGUCUCUCUCUAGUGGAGAAGGACUUGGACUCUUUGAGCCCUGAGUCAGUGGAUUACAGAUACUGGCCUUCCUACCGGCCUGUGGCAGGUGAGUGGUGCCCCACCAGGCUUCUUCCACCAAGCUCCUGCAGCAUCCUGGUUUACCUCCUUUAUGCGCUCUAAACAAGGGCAUUAGAUGAGUGGACAUCCCCUUGUAGGGCAGCAGUCCAGCUCAUACUUUGUGACUUUCACUUAUCCAACUGAAGCCCGUAAGAUCCUUAUGGCUUACCUGACCUGAUUUGUUUAAAUUUUGCUAUUGUAAAUGUUUCUUUUUUUUUUUCUUCUAACUGUGGUUAGCUUUAACUUGGUUAGUUGAGCAUGAUUAAUAUUGUGACCCAGUGGUUCUUAUCAUCUGAAAUCCUCACACCUACAUGCUACCCAUCACGUAUACCAGUAUUUACUGUUUAUUGCUGUGACAUGUAGGCUUAUGCUUUAAUCCCGUUUACUCCCUCUAUAAAAAAAAAAAUGUGCAAUGUCCUUGAUGUCAUACUACUGUUAUAAUAUGUCUAAAGAUCUGUUUGCACCAGCUGUUGAGGCAGUGCACAUCUGCUUGUUGAACCUAUGCACGAAUAUAAUAAUAUAUGUGAUGACUAUGCUAGGCUGUUAUUCCCAUAAAAAUGUCUGCAGCAAUACUUCCAAAAAUGUAAAUAUGAAAUAUUCUCCUUUUUUGUCAGGAGAUCAAUGUACUGUGUCUGAUAUGUGAAUAUUUUUUUUUUUUUUUCAAACUUUUCCAAGGAUGGUUAGUUUUGAAUUAACCUACAGUAAUGCAAUAGGGAUUGGAAAAAAUAACAUUUUCAAUGUGCAAAGGCUUCAGACAAAAGAUCUGCAGCUUUUGGAAGUUGUUUUUAAAUAUACCCCCUAUGCAAAAAUGCCCAGUUAAAUGCAUGCAUAUUUUCAUUUGCAGUAUUUCCUCUAAGCAGUGAUUUUUAUUUUUUGUAUUUGGGCCGUGUAGUAAAACAUAAUAUGUGGAGUGUAGCUCACGAUCUGCAACAUGUCAUUUGCUCAGACAGUGCAGCUGUUAAAGCAUCUUCAUAGAUAAGUUGCUGCACCACUUGCUCAUUAGCAUAAUUAGUUAAAACUGCUUGAAUGUCAGCCAUGUAUGGCCAAGCCAGAGCCUUAUUAGAGCUCCCUCUGCUGGUGAAAUUGGGGAGAGAAAAAUUAUGGAGCAUUGAAGACCUUUGCUUAGUUACUGGCUCCAGCGAGUAUCAUGCACCUUUUUAAAAGCAAAUGUAUGUAAAAGGAGUGUAAGAAAAACAAUACAAUUGUGCCAAUUUGCAGGGUGCGGAUUACAGUAAUUUAUUUCUAAAUCCUGUUCAUAUUUUUUAUAUUUUUUUUUAUUUCUUUCUUUCUUUCUUUGCCAUGUGCAUGAUUUGAUUACAUGUAGCUACCCUAGAAUCUAUUUGCAUAUUUCAUAAUAAUUAAAAAAAUAUAUAUAUAUAUAAAUUUGUAAUUUGUGUAAGCCAUUCUCUCUUGUAUUGCGCUGUGUAAGAAUAAUUUUUCUGUUCUGGUUAUUUUAUUUUUUUGUUCAAUUUGUGUGUGGUUUUUUUAUUUUUUAUUAUUAUUAUUAUUAUUUUUGCCAUUUAUAUGGCGCCAACAAAUUCUGUAGCGCUUUAGAAUAUUAUAGGAGGGGGAGAUUUAACAAUAAAUGAGAGAAUUACAAAAAGUUAAAGAGGAUCCUGCUCACACGAGCUUACAGUCUAUAGGAGGUGGGGUAUAAAACACAUUAGGAUAGGAAAUAGCAAUCAAACAAGGUCAGAGUAAAGCAGAGCUGGAGGAGAAAGUUGAGUGCUGCACUUUAGGAGAGAGCAAUGGACGGGUAUGUGAGGUAGAGCUUACUCUGGGAGGCCAAAAGCUUUCCUAAAGAGAUGGGUUUUGAGGGACUUCUUAAACGAUUGAAGACUAGGCAAGAGUCUGAUGGCGGUAGGCAGGCUAUUCCAUAGGAAGGGAGCCACCCGCGAGAAGUCCUGCAAGCGUGAGUUGGCCGUACGGGUGCGAGCAGCGGACAGGAGAAGGUAAUGGGGAGAGCGGAGAGACCGAGAAGUGUCAUACUUGUGGAUCAGUGAAGAGAUAUGAGGGGCUAGAAUUGUUCAGUGCUUUAUAGGUAUGGGUUAGCACUUUGAAUUGACUCCUAUUAGAUUCAGGAAGCCAAUGUAAGGACUGACAGAGGGGUGAGGUGUGAGAGGAGCAACUGUAGAGGAAAAUCAGUCUGGCGGCAGCAUUUAUUACAGACUGUAGCGGGGCAAUGUGGCUUCUGGGAAGACCAGUUAGAAGAGGGUUACAAUAAUCCAUGCAAGAGAUUACUAGAGCACGGGCAAGCUCCUUAGUAGUAUCUUGCGUAAGAAAGGGGCGGAUACAGGCAAUGUUUUUAAGAUGAAAUUGACAGGAUUUGGUGACAGACUGGAUGUGAGGCUCAAAGGUGAGGCCAGAGUCAAGUAUAACGCCAAGACAGCGCGCUUGCACGGAUGGGCUAAUGUGUGUACCACUAACUUGAAAGGAGAGCAAAAGAGGAGGCAAGACAAGGAGCUCAGUUUUACAGAGAUUGAGUUUCAGAAAGCGGGAGGACAUCCACUCAGAGAUGGAAGAAAGGCAAUUUGUGACAUGUUGUAGGACAGCAGGGGAGAAGUCAGGAGAGGAGAGAUACAUUUGGGUGUCACCAGGGUACAGGGGGUAGCAGAAUCCAAACAAAUGAAUGAGUUUGCCAAGAGAGGAAGUAUAGUGUUCAUCUUUUACACCGUUCCUUAUGAAUAUUUUGUUACCUUUUGUGGAAACAGCUUGUUGGCCUUCUCCCUAUUGUAACUUUUAUACUACAAAAUUUUGGGUACACCUCUGUUUUGUUUUGUUUUUUGUAUCUGUUCUUAACACCUUUUUGUGCCUUAUCUAUCUAUCUAUAUAUAUAGAUAUAUAUAUAUAUAUCUCAAAAACAGAAAUAUAAAUAAUCCAGUUGUUUUAACAAUCAUGUUUUUAUUAGGUACCUGUGAAGUGUGAUGAUGUUGCAGUCUAUUUCACCAAAGAAGAGUGGGAGUACUUACAGGCACACAAGGAUCUGUACCAGGAUGUUGUAAACACCGAUCAACAGACGUUCAGUACUGUUGGAUUUAUGGCAAACAGCAGCUCAGGUACCAAUUAUACGUGUAUUUUUUUUGGAACCUGUAAAGUGAAAAUCCCUUUGUGCUUCACUUUUAAAGUAUAGUUCUGUCUGCAUUAUUUCUAUGUGUGAACUUUCAUUUCAUACAGAUUUCAUAAACGAGUAGUCUUGGAUUGAAUUUCCCAGCUACUCUGCCCACGAGACACUACAACCCCAGACUAUCAUUUUAAUCUCACAUACCUGCUUGAUGAAAUAUGGUAGAUAAACCUCUUUCAUAUACUAUUUCAUGUUAACAGAUUGAACAUCUGAAAUAUUUUUUUUUAAACAUACGAUGUAAAAUUGAUCACAUUUUUGUAUUUUUCCUUUUUUGGAUUAGGGAGAACUAUUGCAUGAAUUGUAUCAUCAAUGAUUUAAAGUAAUGUUUAUAUGUUAAUUAGUUAUUUUUACAUUUAAAAAUGUUUUAAUCCUCCAGGCUCCAUCACAAAACAUCUGCAUAGACGCAUUGGUGUACCAAAAAUCACCCUGCUGUCGCCACAGAGCAGGCAUCGAAUUAUUAAAAGAACACGUCUGCACUUAUCCAGUUCUGCACAGUUUACCCAAUUGGUACACAGUAUUGCUAAUCUUGGAAGACGAGUGGCUAAAAUUGAUAGAAGCAUAUACCUCAUAUUAAAGGAGUUUAAAAAUAAGAAUGCGUUGUUUCCUGACGAACAUUUUCAAGUGCCUGACAAAUUCCAAACACAAUUUCAGGAAGAUGAGGGGAUAUUUGGAGAUUGUCAGGAACCCAUUUACCAACCUACUGAGACAUCUCUGCCAAUAUCUUCUUUUACAUCGUUAUCUUACCCGCAAGAUAUGAUUGAUCCAUUUGCGAAAAUGUCUGCACCAACAUUACCAACCAAUGACUUCUCACCUCUUAAUAGCCCCUCUUUCACUAUUCGUUCUGAAGUUUCAGAACAUUCUCAUACGCACAGCCCAUGUACAGCAGAUUCUACUGGAGAGACCUUACCAGAUACUCCUCCUUCUGUGGUACCAUUAGCUUUGCAUACUUCAGCAAAGACAUUACCCUCCACAGCCACUAUUGCAGUACCACCCGAAAACACCACUUCCUUUCCAAACCACUUAAGGAUUUCAGAAAAGAAGCAGGCACACCAUGACAACACAUGUACAACAAAUUUCAAUAGGGAUGCAGAAGAUGACAUCCUUCCAUCUACUGGCUUGCUAAGUCAACGUACUACAGCAAGACUACCACGUUUGCCCAGUUCAUCAAAUAAUGACUAUCCAAAUGUCAAAGGUCCUGCUUUUAUUGUUGUAUCGAAGAUUUUAGAACAACAGCAAGCACAUAUGGAGAGCCUCCGUACCCCAGAUUGCGUUGGAGAUCCAUUACCGGACAUUCCCCUGGCAUCUAUGUCUGUGGGUUUGUUGAACAAUUUUAAGAUGCAGAGUCGUGGACAACCUCAUCGAUACGCUCAGCUCUUAUUUCAACAUCACGUACCUUAUUCAGUAUAUAAAACAUGGACGCACAACACCAACUAUGAUGGUUCUAGGGGUAAGCAUGCACUGCCUAAAAACCUAAAGCGUUUAAUUAUUACAGAAACGUCUGCUGCAUUUAAACUGACUCCCCCAGUAUUGAAGAAAAUUAAGGACACGCUAAAUGGUCUACUACGAAUACCGAGAACAGGUGGCUGGGAUUCAAACUCAAAUUUUAUAUGA